GAUCAUCUGAUCCAACCUUUCAGGGGAAAGGAAGCCUAGAUGAGAUGAUCUAGGUAGGGAUAUCUCUGCUUUUCUCUUUGGUGCUACUUUCUCCCAGCUGCUUUUAGUGCGGUGUGUUGUAGAGCAGCUGUGUUUGGAUUUCAGCUACAGCUUGGCACUUCAGUGGGGCUGGAGGAAUGGCCUCAAGCACGCAGACCUCUUCAACUGCUGCUUCUUUCUUGCAGGUCUGGAGUUAUCUCACUGUGUAGGGGCCAACUCGUUGGGUCCUGCUGUGCCUUGGAGGUCUGGGGGGCCCUGCAAGAUGAAGAGAGUCCGCACUGUCUUCAAACCAGAGCAGCUGGAGCGGCUGGAGCAAGAGUUCCUCAAACAGCAGUACAUGGUGGGCACGGAGCGAGUAGACCUGGCUGCAACUCUGCAUCUCACAGAGACUCAGGUAAAAGUCUGGUUCCAGAACCGGAGGAUCAAAUGGAGGAAGCAGAGCAUGGAGCAGAAGGCAGCAAAGCUGUCACAGUUUGGGGUGAUACAGCCUGCCACUGCGGACUCAACAGACAUCAAGGAUCAUGAGGAAGACACUGUGGAUGUUGAGCUUUGA